AUGUCAAUGAAGGCCAUGAAGGUGCAACAUAAUAAUAAAGAAGAGAAGAGCAAGAGUUCAAGUGAAGUAGUUGAAGUUUUGGAGGCUAAAAGAGAGGAAGAAUGGAUAGCAGAGGCUGAACCAGGAGUCUAUAUAACUUUAGUGGCAUUGCCUAAUGGUGCUAAUCUUCUCAAAAAGAUACGUUUUAGGGAGGAAAUGUUUGAUGCUUGGGAAGCUCAAAAAUGGUGGAGAGAUAACUGUGAUAAGAUUAUGGCACUUCACAGUGUGAUAUCUCAUCAAGAGUCCUUAUAUAUGCUUGAGAAGGAUCAAACUCAAAUCUUCUGCAUUUUACCUGCAUUUUGCAUCUGCAAGUCCCCAAUUGACUCAACAGCAUCACAAGAAAGUCAAGAAUGUGAAGAAGAACAAGAAUCAAUCACAAGCUGCAAUUCUAAUAACUCAAAGCAUCAAGAGAAUGAAGAAGGAGAGAGCUCAAGAAAGUGCAGCAAUGAAGGAAUGGAAAGGAAGGUGAUGGAAUGGGUGGUGGAAGAUGAACCCGGUGUCUUUGUGACCAUCCGAUCGUUACCUGACGGCUCAAAGGAACUCCGACGUGUUGAGCUCAGUCGAGAAAGGUUCGGUGAAGUGAAGGCAAGAGUUUGGUGGGAAGAAAAUAAGGCCAGAUUACACCGACAGUAUUCAUGAAUCAAGAUUGCACAAAUAGCAGAGUAACUUGAUAACAUCUUUACUAAUGUGGUCAUUUUUUAUGAUCUCUUCCAAAUCAACAGAUUCCUCUCAUUUGUUAAUUGAUUUUAAUUUCAUCAUAUCCAUAAAACACCAAGAACAUUGCUGCAUUAUGAUAUGGUG